AUGAUGGAAAUAGGAGCAAUUAUCCCGCAGACGUCCUACCAUGAUGAGAGCGGUAUCAAUGGUUACAUCGGGCUGCAGCUAUAUGCACACCACCGAACAAGAACUUUACCUAUAAGAGGAUAUAUGCUCAUGAAGCGGCUGAUCGUGCGGCUAAAGAAGUCACUGGAUAGUGACAAGAGGACUGCUUGGGCCAAGGACACAAUAAACCCCAAUACUAUACUCAUCGAGGUCUUUACUAAAGGGGUAGUCGCGCAGAGUUAUCAACUAAAAGUGGAAAGCAUAGUAAUAAUAAGAAACCAGGAGCCGUAUAAGCUUUAG